AUGCAGCUGAUCUUCAUACCACACCCAGGCGCCGGCCACCUAGCCGCCAUGGUCGAGCUCGCCAACCUCCUAAUCGACCGCCACGCCGCCCUCUCCAUCUCCCUCCUAAUCAUCACCACCCCCUCCACCGCCGCCGCCGUCACGCGCUACACCGACUCACUCCCCGCCGCUUCCCCUCGCAUCACGCUCCACCACCUCCCCAACGACGCCGCACCCCCCGCCGGCGGCGGCGAUUUCGCCCUGAUUGAAACCCAAAAGCCUCGAGUCAGGGAAGCCGUCGUCCGGCGCUCCCCCGACGGCGCCAGACUCGCCGGAUUCGUCCUCGACAUGUUCUGCACCUCGAUGAUCGACGUGGCCGACGAAUUCGGCGUCCCCUCUUUCAUCUUCUUCACCUCCCCUGCCUCCGUCCUCGGCUUCAUCCUCCACAUCCAGGCCUCGCACGACGGCGAGGAAGGACUCGACAUCACCGAGUUCGAGGGGACCGAGUUGGCCGUGCCGAGUUGGGCGAACCCGAUUCCGCGCUGGGCUUUCCCAAACAACGUUGUGAAGAAGGAAUUGAUCCAAUCGUUCUACAGAAUCGCCAGAGAUUUCAGGAGAACUAAAGGGAUUUUGGUCAAUUCGGUGAAAGAGCUUGAAUCUUGCGCGGUGGAUGCUCUCUCCUCCUCCGGCGGGAACAAGGUGUAUCCGGUGGGACCCAUUCUGAACCUGAAGGGCGCCGACGGCGGAGGAACGAAGAAGGAGGAGGUGAUUGAGUGGCUUGACCGGCAACCGAAGUCGACGGUUGUGUUCCUCUGCUUCGGGAGCAUGGGGGCGUUUCGCGAGGAACAGGUGAGAGAGAUCGCCAAUGGGCUGGAGGCCAGUGGGCUGAGGUUUCUGUGGUCCCUGCGCAGGCCUGGUCCAGAGGGGACUCGGGCCGCCGGCCCAACGGACUACGAGGACGUCGGGGAAAUUUUGCCGGAGGGGUUCGUCGAGCGGACGGCGGAGGUAGGGAGGGUGAUUGGAUGGGCCCCACAGACGACCAUUCUGGCUCACAGGGCUGUGGGAGGGUUCGUGUCGCACUGCGGCUGGAACUCGACGCUCGAGAGCCUGUGGUUCGGGGUGCCGAUGGCGACGUGGCCGAUGUACGCGGAGCAGAAGCUCAACACAUUCCUGCUGGUGAACGAACUCGAGGUAGCCACCGAGAUCAGGAUGAGUUACAGCAGCGAGAGCGGGGAAACGGUGACGGCGAAAGAGAUCGAGAGAGGCGUCAGGAGGUUGAUGGAGAGAGAUGGCUCGAGGGAGGAGAAACUGAAGAGAUUCAACGAUGGUGUCAGGAAGGCGUUGAUGGAUGGUGGAUCUUCGUCGUCUUCGAUAACUGAAUUUAUUGAGGACGUGAGAAAUGGUGGCACAUGA